AAGCCAAUAACAGGCGUGCGCUUACAGCCUAAAGCCAACGCGCAAAGUAUAGGGAGGGUGGACUCACUGCAGAACCAUUCUCUCUCUCUUUCUCUCCUUUUCCACGCUCUUUCUUAAGCCAUUGUACGUGCCCAAGCGCCGUAUACUCACCGCAUUUAACUUGGAUGACAUUUUUAUUUCAUCAUUAGCAUCUGGCGCCGGACUGACGCAGUGAACAUUGUCCCAUUUUGUAGAGGAUCUCUAGCAGACUUGGAUGCGAGAUUAUAUUUGAGCAUUAUCACAUCCAUCCAUCUAUCUAUCUAUCUAUCUAUCUAUCUAUCGCGAAUUGCGCGCUGAAAUAUUUUUAACGACACUGAAGAACUACAACAACAUACGAAAAAGAUUAGCGGAAACCUCGUUCUAUAUUUUUAUGGUCUGAGACAUCGGCCACCAACAACACACAGCCAUGCCUGAGACAGCGCAAGAAAACUCAAGUCAACCCAAGGAGUCUUCUUUUUCCAUAAAGAACCUACUGAACUGUGAUAGCAAACCACCCAAGCCAAAGACUCUGUUUGCCCCGAUGAAAGGUGCACUGGAAGGUGCUGGUUUCGCUCUCUCUCAAAUUGGGGACCUCGGCUUUCCCAGGUUUGACGUACCUGCUCAGAGGUUUGCGCUGCCAGCGCACUACUUAGAAAGAGCACCGGCUUGGUGGUAUCCCUACACCCUCGCAUCUGCAGGCCACUUACACAGAACAGAAGUUAUCGAAAAGGCCAGUAUCAGAGACUCGUCUCCGGCGUCUGUCACCGAUCGAGACUCUCCCGACCCGGUUGUUAAAUCCGACCAUGACACAAAAGAGAACGACUCUAACAAAAGCACAGAAGAAAUCGUUCUUGAAGAGAGCGAUUCGGAAGAACCAAAGAAAGACGAUAAUCUGGAGGAUUGGAAAAAAAGGGAGGACAGCUCGGACAAGAAGCAGUGCAGGAAAAAGAAAACGCGUACUGUCUUUUCCCGCAGUCAGGUGUUUCAACUGGAGUCCACGUUUGACAUGAAAAGGUAUUUGAGCAGCUCUGAAAGGGCCGGACUGGCGGCUUCCCUGCACCUAACAGAGACCCAGGUCAAAAUCUGGUUCCAGAACAGAAGAAAUAAGUGGAAACGACAAUUAGCUGCAGAGUUGGAAGCUGCUAACCUGAGCCACGCCGCUGCGCAGCGGAUAGUAAGGGUGCCCAUUCUGUACCACGAGAACUCUGCUUCAGAAACUGGAAACUCAACGGGUAACGUGCCAGUCAGCCAACCACUCCUCACCUUUCCACAUCCAGCGUACUACUCACACCCCCUAGUCACAUCGGUACCGCUGCUACGACCAGUGUGA